UCCGCGGACUCCUCCGAAGUCCGAACCGAGGCAGAUCGAGCCGCUUCCUGUCUCGCCUCGUCGCGUCAAUCCCCACGAGCGCCGCCGCCGCCGUUGGGAGCCAUGGCGCGGUCCCCGGCCGCCUCCUCCUCGUCCUACACCGACAGCACGGGCUCCUCCUCGGACUCAUCCUCCUCCGCCUCGGGGAGCGACCGCCGCCGGCGCCACCGCCACCGCAGCAGCCGCCGGAAGGAGGGCGCGUCCUCGUCCUCGUCCGCGCUGAAGGCGCGCAAGGACCGGAGGUCCCGCCACAAGCGGCGCCGCCGCGAGCGGGACCGGCGGCGGUCCCCGUCCGACGACGACGGCUACAGCAGCACAAGCUCCUAUGAAAGUGACCGCGAGGCGUCUGGCAGAUCUCGGAAGCAUAAGAAGAGCAGCAGGUCAAGAAAGUCUAGGGAGAGGGAGCGAAGUAAAGAUAGACACCAUAGACGAGACAAGAGUAAACACAAAGAGAAGAAAGAGAGCGAGGGUGGUGAUGGUCCUGUCCAGCUUUCCAAGUUUCUUGGACGCGACAAAGAAAAGGAAGAAGGGACACAAAGGAGUGCAAUCUCUGGUAAAAAGAUAAUGAUGAAGCUUGAGAAGACUAAGGAAGAUAAGGCAGCAGAGAGCAAGCGCAAUGAACUGUUGAAGUUCCUGAAUGCCAGUUAUGAUUAGCAGUUUGUUGGUUCUGGUGAUGCGGAAGGAAGUGCAGAAUGCCCUUCCGGAUGUCUCCUCACUUGUGCUUUAGGUGAUACUCUUGAGGGCUUCGUGUUUGGUUUGUUUCGUCACUUGGCCACCAAGGUUUUGUUGGUGCUUAACUAGCGACUGAAUGAUGGUCUACUGUAACUGUUUUGAGGUUGGGGUGUUAAUGUUACCUGAAUUCCGUGCUAUCACUUAGAAUUUACUUUUGUUUUAAUGUCU